UAAAGAAAUUCUCUAAUGUUUAGUUAGAAAAUCAUCAUUUCCACUAGCUUUCAACCUGAUCUGAGUAACAUUUACUGAGAAAAAUUGGAGUAAUUAAAAUUUCAUGAAACUCUCAAGACUAUUUUCGUCCACUGUCCAAAAACCAUCGCCAUACUUGAACAUCUCAAACUCAACUAAAGAACUUCAUUGCCACCUCAUCAGAACUCAAAAUCACUCCAAAGACCCUUUUGCUAUUUAUAAUUACAUGAUUCGUGUGUUAGUCAAAAAUGAUCAACCCAUUGAUGCACUCCACCUGUUUGACAAAAUGCGUCAACAAGGAUUACAUGGAAAUAACCUCACUUUCAUUUUUAUAUUUAAAGCUUGCUUACAAGUUUCAGAUAUUGUUCUUGGAAAUGCAGUUCAUGUUAAUGUUUUGAAGCUUGGGUAUGAGUCCUAUUUGUAUGUAUGUAAUUCUUUGAUUUAUUUGUAUGGUUGUUGUGGUGAUUUGGGUUGUGCUAGAAAGGUGUUUGAUGAAAUGUCUGAGAGAGAUUUAGUAUCAUGGAACUCAUUGAUUUGUGGGUAUAGUCAAUGUAAUAGAUAUAAUGAAGUGUUGGGUCUUUUUGCUUUAAUGAAAGAAGAAAAUGUGAAGGCGGACGCGGUGACAUUAGUGAAAGUAGUGCUAGCUUGUAGCUAUUUAAGGGAAUUUGAGAUGGUGGAUUAUGUCGCGAAGUAUAUUGGGGAUAAUUGUGUGAGAAUUGAUGUGUAUUUGGGAAAUACAUUGAUCGAUGCGUAUGGUAGACGUGGAUUAGUUAGCUUAGCUGAAGAAGUUUUUGCUAAGAUGGAAGAGAGAAAUGUGGUUUCUUGGAAUGCCAUGAUCAUGGGGUAUGCUAAAGCAGAGGAUUUAAGGGAUGCAAGGGAUCUUUUCGACAAGAUGCCUAAAAGAGAUGUGAUUUCUUGGACUUCUAUGAUCACGGGGUAUUGUCAAGCUAAUCGAUUUUCAGAAGCUAUUGCACUUUUCCAAGAGAUGAUGGCGAUUAAGGUUAAGCCUGAUGAAAUUACGGUUGCUAGUGUGCUUUCUGCUUGUGCGCGUUUAGGUACACUUGAUGUGGGUAAGGCAGUACAUGAUUAUGUUUGUCAGCAUGACGUUAAAAUGGAUAUUUAUGUGGGGAAUGCGUUGGUGGAUAUGUACUGCAAAUGCGGAUCUGUUAAUACAGCCUUGGAAGUGUUUUUGAGCAUGAGGAAAAAGGAUACUGUUUCUUGGACUUCGAUAAUCUCUGGCCUUGCAGUGAAUGGAUUUCAUGAUAAGGCUCUUCAGCUCUUCUCACAGAUGUUAGGAGACGGUUGUAAGCCAACUCACGGUACAUUCAUUGGCGCACUACUUGCUUGUGCUCAUGCAGGUUUGGUGGACAAAGGUUUGGAAUACUUUGAGAGUAUGGAAAAACAUCAUGGAUUGGUGCCAGAAAUGAAGCAUUACGGUUGUGUUGUUGAUUUGUUGUGCCGCUCUGGUAAUUUAAAUAGAGCGUUUGAGUUUAUAAAUCUUAUGCCUAUGGCGGCAGAUGUGGUUUUGUGGAGAAUGUUGCUUAGUGCUUGUAAACUUCACGGUAAUGUGGUUCUUGCUGAAAUUGCUGCAAACAAACUUCUUCAAUUAGAUCCUGAUAAUGGUGGUAAUUAUGUUCUGUCAUCAAGCACUUAUGCCACUGCAGAGAGGUGGGACGAUGCAAUGAAAAUAAGGCAAUUGAUGGAUGAGGGUACAGUACAGAGGCCAUUAGGCUGGAGUUCAAUUGAAGUAAAUGCAAUCGUCUAGCAUUCAAGGAACCAUGCCUUUGAAAUGUGAAGUACCUGAAACAUAGUACUGUUUGAAGGCACGUGAAAAUCGAGUGCAUAUCAUGUGAGCAAGAGUUACUGUUCUUUAGCUCUGCCCUUUUGGAUUAAGGAAAGCUUAAUAUGAGUUGCCAACUUAUGCAUGAGUUUGGUUUGCUCUUCUUCAGCAGUAAAAAGAUGAAGGUCCCAAUAUGGAUAUAGGUUUCUAUUUGACACCUAAAGAACAUAUUAAGUUUGAUCGUGGAGAACAGAAUUGUAUUUAUGAGCUCUGCUUCCUUGGGGUUAUAGAUGGUUGUUGUAACUGGUACGUGAUUUGUCAGGUGCAUAUUGCAAGUAUAGCACCGGUCUUUUGCUCUUUGCUACUGCCUCUGUGCCACAUCUAACAUUUUAAAAUUGGAGUGAUGGUCGGAGGCUUAGAGCAUACUCCUUAGAAGAUUGUGAGUGUAGCUGUAGCAGCAGAAUCGCAAGGUAUGAAGCUGCAAAAAUCUCGCUGAUUGGUUCUUUACUUUUUGAGUGAUACUGUAUAUUUCUGAAUCAUGUUCAUAUUGAUUUUUAUCUGUGUUGCUCGAACUAUCCAACAA